CGCAAUCUAUAUUUAGGGCUUUUCUCGACUCUUCUUGAAUCUCACAUCUUAAAGAUAAUUUGGUGAAGUAGGUCUGGUUUAAAGAUUCAAUCUUUGUAAUUUAAAUGUUUGAAUUCGACAAAAAGAUACUGUAGCUGGCAUUUGAGAAGAUCAAGAACAACAAAAGUCAAAAAGGUCAACAUUUUGGAAUCUGAUUCCAUGGAUAUAACAGAAGUUUCAAUCAUUCAUCAUGUGGGUAUUGUGUUGUUGGUGAUUUGGUUGCUUUCUGCAUUCAGUUCUUGCCACCCAUUUGUGUACUUCAUCUCUUUCAUCUAUCUUUUCUUUGUUCAUGAGAAUUUUGUAACAAGAUUCAGAAGAAAGGUCCGGUUUGAAGAAAGAAAGCAAGCCUAUCAAAAGAGGGUAUUAUCUGAUUCAGAAUCGGUUCGGUGGUUGAAUCAUUUGGUUGAAAAUAUAUGGCCUAUAUGUAUGGAAAAUAUAGUCUCACAGAAAAUCCUCCUCCCUAUCAUCCCUUGGUUCUUGGAGAAGUACAAACCCUGGACCGUGAAAGAAGCUGCGGUUCAGAGUUUGUACAUGGGAAGAUCUCCACCUAUGAUUACCGAAAUGAGGGUUUGUCGUCAAUCUACCGGUGAUGAUCAUUUGGUUUUGGAACUAGGACUAAACUUUAAGACAGCCGAUGACAUGAGUGCGAUAUUAGCAGCGAAACUGACAAAAAGAUUGGGUUUUGGAAUGUCGGCUAAAAUGCAUAUAACGGGAAUGCAUGUCGAAGGAAAGGUACUUGUGGGAAUAAAGUUUCUCCCAAAAUGGCCGUUUCUUGGACGCUUGAGGGUGUGUUUUGUUGAACCACCGUACUUUCAGAUGACUGUAAAACCGAUUUUUUCUCAUGGUCUUGAUGUUACUGAAGUUCCCGGGAUUGCUGGAUGGCUGGAUAAGCUUCUGACCGUUGCAUUUGAGGAGACACUGGUGGAGCCUAAUAUGUUGGUGGCGGAUGUCGCGAAAUUUGUUUCCCCUGAACAAGAACCUUGGUUUUCAAUUGAUGCAAAGGAGCCAGCUGGUUACGCCUUGGUGGAAAUUGUGGAAGGAUCAGAUAUGAAACCAUCAGACAUGAAUGGGUUGGCUGAUCCUUACAUAAAAGGCCGAUUAGGUGUAUACCAGUUCAGGACCAAGACACAAAAGAAAACACUAUCUCCGAAAUGGUUUGAAGAGUUUAAAAUUCCUAUUGCUUCAUGGGAUGCACCUAAUGUUCUUGAAAUCGGAGUCCGUGAUAAAGAUCACAUUUUUGACGACACCCUCGGGGAUUGUUGUGUAAAGAUUAACGAUCUUAGAGACGGUCAGAGGCAUGACAUGUGGUUGCCUCUCGAGAACAUAAAAACGGGAAGAUUGCAUCUUGCGGUUAGAGUUAUCGAAGCUGGAGAAAAAGUAUUCGAACAGCCAUGCAACGACGAUGCACCAAAGACUCAAUUUCAGAAAGAAGACGAUUCAACGACUCAAUUUCAAGAAGACGGUUCACAUGAAUUGGCGGAAAAAUCUAGAAAAACGGAAGCCGAUCAACUUGAACCGAUUGAUGUCGAAGGGCAACGGGAGACCGGCAUAUGGGUUCACCGCCCGGGUUCUGACGUGGCACAAGUAUGGGAGCCUAGAAAGGGGAAGAACCGAGUGGUCCAUAAAGACAGUGAGUCGGUGACCGGUAGCAUUCGGUCUGAACCAUCCGGAAAUGACUCGAGCAGCAGCGAUGAAUGCGUAGAAGGAAACAAACCCAAGUCAAGAAACAUGGUUAAGAGGGGGUUCCAUAAGGUCGGUUCCUUGUUUCACAGAACCCCGAAACCGGAGCAUGAUAAAGGUAUAGAUCAAUCAAGAACUGUUAAGAAACAGGACGAUGAAGAUUGCGUACCACUACAUAACAUUAGGGCGGUGAACGAAAAGGGGGUCCGGGUGAAUUUGGUAAUGGCGGAUGAACUUUCGAUACCGCGUCAGGACCGGCAAGUUGGAUUUGAAGAGAGUCCGGAUGGAAGUGAACUGGGUAGCCCGGAUAAGAGGGGAGUUAGAGAUUCGGUCAAAGGUUUUGUGAAGCAAACCGGGAAUUCGGCUCGUGGUUUGAUGCAUGCGGUUUCACGUAAAGUGUCUAGUAAAGGAAGAGAUACAGAUGCGGGUGUGAAGUCGGACACUUCUAGUGAGGUUGGGGCGAUUGGUUCACCUGGAUACCGAGCUGAUGGUGAAGCGAGUCCAAAUGGUCCGUAUGGUCCUGGUCAGAUGGAUUCAAGAAAAGGUGCUAUGAGUCCUGUGAGCCCGACUGGUGAAGUCAAUCUAGAUGAUCCGGAUAGAUUCAGAAUCGAUGGUGUGGAUAUAAGCGCGGUGGAUAAAGCCGAAGUUGAUGAUUCCAGAAGAACAGGGCAGGAAACAUCUUGACGGUUCACUGGGGAGCAGGUAAUAUGUUGUCUUUGAUGUGGUUGUACUUUGUUUCAUAUGGAUUUUGAUGUAUGUAAAUGGAAAGAGUUUCUUGUCGAUAACUCCUUGCAUUGAAUCCUUUUAGUUUUUAUUUUUUUUUUUAUUUUUUUAACUUUGGAAAUAAAUAAGAUUUGUGGUGAAAUCACUGUAAAAAGGCAUGCAAUGCAGAUCAGGCAAUUCAUCGAA